UCUCUCCUCUAGUGCUGGAUGUGAUCUGUAACUCAUAUGGUGUGACAUGUUCCUUUGGAUGUAUACAGUGAUUUUAUGCACUGUUUUUUCAGUCAGUUUUGGGCAUGCUUGCGAUUAUGAAGUGUAUAAAUGUGGCGCCUGGGCUUCCGGAGACAUACACAUAGGAAUGCUCAGCUCUUAUUUUUCUAAAGUGGAGAAUCUAUAUUCUCGAGGAGCUCCAGAUAUUUACAACUGCUCAGAAUUUAAUCAUGUGUCAUUUGUACGGAUGCUUGCCGUCAUCUACACCAUUGAAACCAUUAAUAACUCCAGCUUCCUGCCUGGGGUACGCCUUGGUUACCACAUCUGUGACACUUGCUGUCAUGCUUCAAAAGCCAUACAGAGCGCAGAGCACCUGCUGGCAUUAAACAACACUGAACAGGGCCAGUGUGAGCUCAAUCCAAACCCUGCAGUAAAGGCCAUCAUUGGAGCACAGUACUCCGAGGUGUCGAUCAGUGUGGCUCGCUUUCUGAGCCUCUACAUGGUGCCACAGAUAAGUGCAAGUUCCUCUGCAGAAGCGCUGAGUGACCGUCUGCGCUACCCUUCCUUCCUCCGCACCAUACCCAGUGAUAUCCACCAGACGAAAGCCUUGGCCAAACUCAUGUCUUACUUUCAGUGGGACUGGGUUGGUGUCGUUCAUGGGGAUGAUGAUUAUGGCAAAAAUGCUUUGCAAGGCUUCCUGGAUAAUGCAGAAAAUGAGAAUGUUUGCACUGCCUUUAUAGAAACUUUGCCUCACUACCUAGACUUUAAGGACAUUGAUAAUAUGAUCCAAAACGUGGUCCAAACCAUCCAAAACUCCACAGCAAACGUUGUGUUAGUCAUCUUAAGAGAAGAGCUAGUGCACAAACUGUUCACCGAGGUGAUCAAGCAGAAUAUAACACGCACAUGGAUAGCCAGUGAUGCCUGGUCGGUGUCGUAUAAUAUCAGUCACAUGAAGGGCAUCAACAACAUCGGGGAUAUAUUUGGUUUCAAUUUUAUUACAGGCCCUAACCCUGGAUUUAAAGAGUAUCUGCAAAAUCUCGCCAUCACCCCGGGUACUGAGAAUAAGUUCAUAGAAGAAUACCUAAAGCUAGGGAAUGACAAAGACUACUUAACAAAAGUGGUGGAUAUUAGCCAGACUUAUGCCGACCGAUUGGCUGUGCUAUCAAUUGCUCAUUCCCUAAAGUCAAUUUUAAAAUGUAACCAAACUGCCUGUCCAGGGGACAAAGAUUUUCCCCCAUACAAGCUUCUCAAAGAACUGAAACGGGUCAAUUUUUCUCUGGACAAUCAGACGUUCUACUUCAAUACAUCUGGAAAUUUUGUCAAUGGCUACCAUUUGAUGAACUGGGCACAAAAUAAGUCUAGUGGACAAAGAGAGUUUGUUGUUGUUGGGGGAUAUAAACUGGAGCAAGAACAAAUUAACAUUGAUAAAAAUAUUCAGUGGUAUAAUUCAAAUUCAAAUAAGGAACCAAUUUCCAUAUGCUCUGAUGCCUGCCCUCCUGGCAAAGCAAAAAAACUUUUAAAGAAAUCCUGCUGUCAUGAGUGCAUAGAGUGUUUGGAGGGCACUUACUCCAAUGGCACGAACCUUCCCAACUGUCUCCCGUGCCAAAAUGGGACAUGGUCGCUAAAAGGAUGGACACACUGUGCAGAAAAGAAAGAAGUCUAUUGGAACUGGGAUGGGCCACGAGCUAUCAUUUUUCUAGUGUUUGGCAUGGCAGGAUUUCUCCUCUUGUUUAUGAACCUGAUUAUCUACUUGGUGUUUCGUGAGAGUCCUGUCAUCAAACAGGCUGGAGGCUACAUUUAUCUUCUCAUUAUGGUAGGGUUAGCGCUUAGCUAUACCAGUGUCAUAAUCUUCAUCGGUAAACCCAAUGUUCAUAAGUGUAGGGCACGCCAGGUUCUGUACGGCUUAGGCUUCACGCUAACUGUCUCAUGUAUCCUGGUAAAAGCCCUGCGCACAUUUGUAGCGUUCCUUCCUCGAUACCGCCAACACAAUGUCAAGAAAUUCUACAAGCCUCCUGUUAUUAUUGGCUCCGGCACCUUCAUUCAAGUCCUGAUUUGCAUCUUUUGGCUAGUUUUUGAUUCUCCUUCUGUGGAAAACCUGACAUCUAAUGACAGCAUGGAGAUCACUGUGCAGUGUAUCGAAGGUUCUGGCAUGGGAUUUGGCUUCAUGCUUUGUUACAUUGCCCUGCUCGCACUCAUCUGCUUUAUUCUGGCUUUUAAAGGGAGAAAAGUUCCUCAGCGCUUCAAUGAGACUGGACACAUUAUCCUCAGCAUGCUGAUAUACCUGUUUGUAUGGGUGUGCUUCACUCCAAUAUAUGUCGCAAAGUUCGGAGAGCGCUACUCAGUUCAGGCUGCAGCUAUCUUGGUUUCAUCGUAUGGAAUUAUCUUCUGUCACUUUGCCCCCAAGUGUUACAUGGCCCUUUGCAAAAAGAAGGAUGAGGUCACUACGGAGGCCUAUAUUGCACGAGCAUGCAAUUUCAGACCAUCAAUGGCCUCCAUUCUUACUACUUCUUCAGGGGUCGGGUCGCUAGCGUCAGAAAUUGGACUCCACCCCUCAGCUUCACAGAUCAGCAUGAACUCAAACGAUACUGGGAUUGGCUGCACAAUUAACACUGCAUGUGUUUUGCAUGCAAAUAAAUCCAGUAACUCUCAGCAGAUCAUACGGAAAAGGUUCCACAGAAGGUCUAUUUAAAGGACAUUGAAUCUCUCCACCUAGAAGUAUUAUGAUUAAAGGCAUUUAACUUAUAUAAGUAUUCUUCAUCCAUCUAAUGUUUACAUAUUGCUUUAUGUUUAUACAUUGUAAUUAUGCACUGAGUAAUAAAAUCUUUGCUUUUAUUGACAAGGUUUUAAAAUCAUCUGUGUUCUUUUUUUGAAAUUGUCCUUUUAGUUCAUGUUCUCUUUUGGAAAAGAAUGAGUUGUCUAUUGUGUUGAUUGUGUUAUUUAUUGAUUUUCUUAUAUCUUAGUUAUAUGUUAUGUAUUUUGGUUCUAUAUGUAUUGUGUAAAGGUUAUGAAGAAUUUUCCUUGACAAUUUGAUGUGAUUUGCAGUAAUUAAUAAAAAUGUA